CUAAAUCCGUUCGUCAACCGGAUACUUUUUGCACUCGGGGCGGUCUAGCCCCACUAGGCUAUACCCAUGGCUAAGUGUAGUUCCACAAUGCCGUCGUUAAUGAGCCUAGACAUGAUAGCGCGUCAUGGACAAGUAUGGAGCCCGAUAUUUAUCGGUCAAAACGGACGGAGGUACGUGACGCCAGGAAACACAGUACAUAUAAGAGAGCCAUGCGCGCCUGAAUGUGGCACGAGUUCAAACUACACCGCUGCAUCCCAUCAUCUCUUCCCAAAAAUUCACAACAACAUACCACACCAGCACGAUGACCGACUACAAAUUUGAAGGAUGGUGCGGCCACGACUCCAAGUCUGCUGAGGGCAACAUGAAGUGGGAGGAGUACACACCAAAGACGUUCACCGAUGACGACGUCGAUAUCAAGAUUUCUCACUGCGGUGUCUGCGGUUCAGACAUCCACACUCUCCGCUCCGGCUGGUACCCCACCCCGUACCCUUGCGUUGUCGGCCACGAGAUCAUUGGCAAGGCUGUCAAGGUUGGAAAGAAUGUCAAGCACAUCAAGGAGGGCGAUCGCGUCGGUGUUGGCGCGCAAGCAGCAUCCUGCCUGAAACCUGACUGCCAACAAUGCUCUGACGGCCUUGAGAACCAUUGCAGCAACGGUAUGGCCCCUACAUACGGCGCCUUUUUCCCCGGCACAAAUGACAAGACCUAUGGUGGAUACGCAAACUACAACCGGACGCCCGGCCACUUCGUAUUCAAGAUUCCUGAGGGGAUCUCCAGCGAGCACGCCGCGCCCAUCAUGUGCGGUGGAAUCACCGCUUACAGCCCACUGAAGACAUACAAUGCGAAGGGCAAGAACGUUGGUAUCCUUGGUCUCGGAGGGCUUGGUCACUUCGGUGUCCUAUUCGCAAAGGCACUCGGCGCAAAGAGCGUGACUGUCAUCUCACGCACGCAUUCCAAGGAGGAGGACGCCAAAGCACUUGGUGCUGAUAACUUCAUCGCUACCGGUGAUGAGGGCUGGGACCAGGGCAAGAACAGUGGUUCCCUUGACCUGAUCGUCUCCACCGUUUCUUCCGACAAGAUGCCUUUGGCCGGUUACCUCAACCUCCUCAGUUUCCGCGGCACCUUCGUCCAGGUCGGUGCACCUGAGGACCCGCUGCCCGCUUUCCCAGCCUUUGCGCUCAUCCAGAAGGCUAUCCACAUCACUGGUUCAGCCAUCGGUUCUCCUUCCGAGAUCGUUGAGAUGCUGAACCUUGUUGCGGAGAAGAACAUCAAGCCCUGGACACAGGUUUACCCCCUGAAGGAGGCUAACCAGGCGGUUGUUGACUUUGAAGCUGGCAAGCCAAGGUUCAGGUUCGUUCUUAAGAACGAGAACUACACGGAGUAGAUUUAGAUCAUACGAGAACAUGAAAUAAUGAAAGCACA